AUGAACACUGACCUCUACAAAUUACUGAUUGUUACAUUAGCUAUAAUACUAAUUGCUAUAAUAAAUCAUGGAAACGGUUGUAUGGUUGAAUAUUGCGCUAAUAUCUAUUCGGAACGAUUGGAUGAAGGUGGCAUAUUUAUCGGUAUGAAUGCACCAUAUUGUCAGAUAAUAACUGAUUAUAUUCAUUGCCUGAGUGAAACGAAUCGUACAUGUCGCGGUAAUCUCAAAUAUCAUACAUUGCAAACUUUACUUCAUCGGCAACGUCGUGAAUUUUCAUGCAAUUCAUUCCCGGAAACUAUGAAACCCAGUAAUUAUAUACCUAUUGGAUGUGCAUUUCCCACUGAUACUGCUCCUCAUGCAAUGCAACGUUAUUGUGCACUUUUUGGAUCGCGACAUUUGCGCACAUUAAAUGGACAUUUUAUAACAUGUGCUCAUCGUGGUGCUUAUCCAUUGAUAAAUAAUAAACAUUUGCUGAUACAAAUUACACAUUCAUUUCUUGGAAGUGGUACCACUGGUAUUUCCAAGGUUACUGUAAUAGUGAAAGAAAAUGGACGUUGUACAUCACGUAAACAAUAUGAAGUAGGAUCAGAUGAUGAGCGUUUACCUAAUUCAUUUACGGAUGGUAGCAUAUUUGUUGGUAAUUCAGAACGAAAACCGGUGGAAAUUAAAUCAUUAAAUCAAACUUAUGUUGAAAUUAUAUUACGUUAUAUAGCUACAACAAUUUAUAUCCGACGACAUGGAGCAUAUUUAUCAGUUGCUUUAAGGAUACCUGAACGAAUCGUCCAGGAACAAACAGAUAAUGAAUUUGAUAUUUGUACAACGGGUUGUAGUCGUAGUGAUAUGAUAAAACUUGAAGAAGCAUUAGCAAAUCCUAUUUCAUUUACCAGAUGUCAUGGUAUUCGAAUGAAAAUUCCAUUAAAAGUUGCAAUUGAACGAUGUAAUCGUGCAAAUAUAACCGAUGCAUUUUUUGAUGCAUGCGUAUUUGAUUUAUUAAUUAGUGGUGAUGAAAUAUUUGUUGCACAAAUUGCUGAUGCACAAUAUGAUAUCAUCGAUUUAUAUUCACCUUAUAUACGUCAUUAUUUUACGGGUAGACAAAAUUUAACGUUAUACGAUUCGAAAGCUGGCUAUAAAUGGAUGCAAUGUAUUCGUGAAUCAUCAUCAUCAUUCAUUAAUCCGGAACAAAUAUCCGGUUCAAUUAAUUUACAACAACAGUGCAACAAUAUGAAUAGAUUAGUAUUAGUUAUGCUAAUUUUCAUAGUAUUUGAAUAUGAGAUUUUUUAA